GCGGAUGCAAAUCAGCGCGAAGCAUCGCGCGACUGCAUAACGACGAACUGCGCCGCGCGAUAAUCACGAGUCACGCGCGUAUUAUAGGCGUGAAGCGGUAUACAUAGCAUGGCAAGCCUCCCGUUGACUCUCAUGUGCUUCAUGAUGGCGUUCUCUCAGCCAACCGAGCCUCAGCUCGUCAUGGAGGCGCAUCUCUACAUGAAGAUCAUGGAAUCGGUGCACACGAUUUUCAACAACACCUGCGUCAUCAUCAUGUACACCAUCGAAGAUCCUAUGCAGGCGUUAGAUCCCUAUGACGCGGCGCAGCUAAUGUCGAUUCUUCAGUACAGCAGCAGACUCCACGUGCGCACGUUCGCCUACGCGAUCAAGACGUUCAAAGAGAUGAUAGGAGACGAGUACUUCAAUCUGAAAAGGCCGCUGUUCAUCCUGAUCAACGACUCGGAAGACAUGAGGACGCAAUUCUCCACUGUCAUAGCGCCCUGGAUCUCGAUGGCCUACAUAAACUGGGUCGUCUUCUUCCGCGAGGACACCAGCGUCGACGAUUUCUUCUCCGAGAUGUACGUCCCGCUGGACUGCAUCUUCCUCAUCGUGAAGAAAUCCAAGGACAACAGUACCUACACCCUCACAGAGGUCUACCACAUAGCCAAAGGCCGAGAGCUCAUAUCGGACGUCUACGGGAGCUGGAGCGAGGCGCGGGGGUUGUCGAUAACCAAGUGGACGCUCUAUCAGCGCAGGAGCGACCUUCGCGGACAGCUGAUCCGAGUGACGACGGUAGAAGACCCGCCGAUCUCGAUGAUACAGCGCGACGAGUCUGGUCUCAUGACGGGCAUCAAGGGCUUCUUCGGCACGAUCGUCCAGAUACUCCAGGAAAACCUGAACUGCACUAUGGUUUACAGCGAGACCGACUCGUGGGGCGCGAGGCUGGCCAACGGCUCGUGGACCGGAGCUGUGGGCCAACUCGUCAGGAACGAAUCUGACCUCGCCGCCACGGAACUCCUCAUGACAGCCGAUCGACUUCAGGCCAUCGAGUUCACCACUCCUGUCUUCUCGACCAGAUGUCGCACCUUCAUCAAGAGGCCCUACUACACGGCGGUCAAGUGGACGGCUUACUCCGACCCCUUCUACGUCGGCAUCUGGCUGGCCCUACUGGGGGUCAUGCUCAUAGCGAGCGCUUUCACGAUCAUUUGCUUCCGAGUGUCGCCCUCGCAGAAGUUGGCCAGUAACGCUGACGAGGAGGAUGCGAGCUUCAGCGAGAUCUUCUUCCACGUGUUCGGGGCCCUUUGCGCGCAAGGACACGAGUCGGUCGUUCUCGACUCGAUACGCGUGAUUAACCUGGUGGUCCAUAUCACGGGCGUGAUCAUUCUGGCGGCCUACUCGGCGGCUCUGAUCAGUUUCCUGGCCGUCAAGGUUUUCGUCAUGCCGUUCACCUCGAUGGAGGGUCUGCUGGAAGACGGCUCGUACAAGCUCGGAGUCAUACGCGACUCGUCCGACUACAACAUCUUCCAGAACUCGAGCGACAGGAUUCUGCAGCGGAUGUUCGAGGAGAUCAUGGACGAGGUGGAGAAUCUUCCGCGUAACUAUCUCGAGGGCUUGAACUUCGUCUGCUCGAAAGACAAGUAUGCCUUUAUGACCACGGACAACAUGUUCUCGAUAUUGGAGCACCAGGUGCCCUGCAUCCUCGAGCCGCUAGACGUGAUAAUGCAAACGACUAUGGGAAUGGCUGUGCCAAGCCGCAGUCCAUUUCGCGGCAUCAUCAACAGCAACAUUUUGCUCAUGAGAGAUAGUGGCGUACUGCAGAGGGUUAUCGCCACCGAACUGGUUAUACAACACGCGAAGCAAACCCAAGGCUGGUCCUCGGUGGAAAUAGUCGACGUACUCCCGCUGCUGCUACUCAUACUCGCCGGCUAUUUCUGCGGACUCGUGCUGCUGUCCCUGGAAAAACUGCAGUACUCGAAAUUGCGAAAAGUCAAAUUCUCGUUCGCUCGAAAAUUGCAACGACUCUCGCAACCUACCGACAAAUGAACAAAUGAAAACGAAGAAAAUUGACUCCACGAUGACGUCGAAUGUGGAGAAGCCAGUGCAGCUGCGCUCGUACAAGCCGUCCAGUCAGCGCAAGUACUUCCCCGAC